CUUUCUGCCUAUGCCAAAAGCAUUCUCAAUGCGUAUGGACCUGACGGAGGAAACAUGGAGGUCAGGUAGGUAACAGCUAUGCAACACUCAACUGGAAUUCGUACCGUACAAACUGUAAAACAAAAUACUGCAAGGAGCGUAGUAAGUGUCGAGGAUCUCUUAUUUUGAGAUGUCGGACACCCGGUUCCUCGUAGGAAAGAAAUCUUGCUUUCCGAAGGUGUUUAAGACUUCGCAGACUUCGCCAAUUAGUUCUGGAGGAAGAUUUGAAAGCGAGGCUCGACCUGACUCUGACGAGCGCAGUGCCAUGUGUAUGCCUGAUGCGCUAGAAGGGUUGGUUUACAACUUAAACUUUGGCAACUGGGCCAACAGCCUGAGGGGCCAGCGACGCCGACACUCGUCUGCGAAAUCGAUCGAGAUCUAGUGAUCGACAGGUGGCAAGGGCCGAGAUUUAGUGGGUGAUGGUGGUGUUCCAAAUGAAUAUUGCAAGUAUCAACUCACGAAACAUGUACGUGGCUUCUAGGAUAACUUCAUCAGCCUCGCCAAACAAGGAAUGCAAGCCUACGCAGAGCAUUCCAACCGUAUGUCUGAGUAUUCGCUCAGUUUCUCUGAGAUCUGAAGAUCAGUCUUUUUUAUUAGCUGAUCUCACCAAGACUGGUGGUCAAGAAUAUAAUUCUCCCCACCAUUCACAACAAGGCAACAACAGCGGAAAUCGUCCCAACAUCGAUGACGAUGAGGUUGUCAAUACUGCUUCUCGUGAGGGCUCCGGAGACAGUUCGUUGUUCUCCCAAGCUCUCGGAUUCCUCAAGCAGAACAAGGGUGAACACGAGCAGCCGGUCGAUGAGGAUCGUGUCGUUAAUGCUCAUCGUCAGGCCUAUGAGAAAGGAGACGCUUCAGGUCUCUCCGCCGGUUCUCUUGGUAGCGCCGCAGCUCUCCAGGUUUUGAAGCAGUUUACCUCGGGCAAUAAGUCCUCCAGCAGCGGGGGAGGCAGUCAAACUCAACUGAUCAGCCUCGCUAUGGCUGAAGCCACCAAACUGUUUGACAAGUCUGGUGGCACUGCUUCAGGAAACAAGCAGGAUGCUGUCAACGGGGCUGCUAUGACAGUCAUGAAACUCUUGGUCCAAUCCAAGUUCAGCAGCACCACUGGUGGCAGCAACAGCGGCGGAUUGGGUGGAUUGGCGGGCUUGGCUAAUAAGUUCCUCUGAGUGAUGAUACCGCGGGGUAGUGCAAGAGAAAUAUUAGCAAUUGUAUAGUAUUUUACAUUGGACCAUCUGUGCUGUGACGUUGUGUACGUGUUUGGAUUCAUAGUGUUUUUUGUACGGCGAGGACAAUACAUUGGGGCGCUGCUUCCACGUGCAUCUACUUUGAGGGCUUUGUGAAAGUGCGAGGUUGUAUCACCAUCGGGAAGCAUUCGCACGGAGUGGUGUGACAGUGUACGGAAGAAAGGAUUUGACACAAAGCAUGUCGUAGGGUGC